CGUCGGCGGGAGUUCGAGGCAGCAUUCUGAUUCCUGAUUUCACUUCCGUGCUCAUGGAUCGUUGGGGAGAGGUUUAUGAAGAGAAGAGGAUGUCUUUCCACCGUAUCACACUAGCGAAUUUCGCUUCACGCCAGAACAGACACAGAACACGAAAAGGGAGGUGUGAAAGAGAUCGAGGUGUUCAGUUCGCUGUGAAGGGGCCUGCCAUGCAGCACGUUGCAUAUGAAGAUAUAUUGCCUGAACGGAGAGCAGCACCACAGUGGCGCGGAAGGGGAGCACUGCAUGGCAGCUAUGGGCGUCCGCUCCCCGUGUACAUACCACCUGACCAGCAGUGGCGCCAGCGUGGCCACGUGUGGCAAGUCAUUCCCAGGAACUGCCUGUUGUCGGAAAGCUGCAGCUACCGCCAGUAUCUGGUGCAGCGGCGGUGGAAGCAGCAGCAGCAGCAUCAGCAGCAUCAGCAGCAGCAGCUGCCGCUGCUGCGUCAGCAGAAACCUUAUACCCGCGGCAGUGCUCGGCGCGCGCCGCAGCCGGCUGCGACGCUGCCGAUCCGUGGCCAGCACCUCACCCCUGCCACUAUGGUGCCUACUGGCAACAUGAAGCCACCCAGUACUGAAGAAGACCUGCGCCGACGCAGAGUGAUGAAUCGAUGUCGCUCCUGCCAUAGGUGUGGAGGCCGUUGUCUUGGCAUAUGGGGCCAUAUAUGCCCCACAUCAAUCGUCGUCAGUCGUGUGCCACGAUUUUCUAUUUCCGCAAGAAGCAGCGGCGCCAAAUGGAUGAACUAA